AGGAGUAGGCAGAGCAGCAGGGCGGAAACAAACUAGAGCAAGGGGGAGAGAGGAUGAGAGAGAGAGAGCGAGGUGGGAGGUGAAAAUAGAGCUCAAAAAAUACAGAAGUCUAAAGUCAUUCGGACGUUGCUUUUGAACACACAGUACCCUAACUGGUGCUGCCUGUGUAUGUGUUUCCAUGGUGAUGUCUGGAGGGCAGACCAGCGGAGAAACUGCUGGUGCCAGGCAGCGACGCAAGACCUCCCCGAGCCCCGAGAGAGAGGAUCCGGAGGGACUUUCCAUACCACCCCCUCCCCGCAAACUCUCGCCAAUGUACCCCAAGGAAGAGCUAAGCAUGGGGGUCAUCACCUCCUCUGUCAACUACCUGGAUGGAGCUUAUGAGUAUUCAAACCCAACUCAGACCUACAGCACCUCAUCACCCACUGAGCCACCUCCUCCUCCUGUCGGAUACUACCCGGCUCCCCCGGACCCUCACGAAGAACAUCUGCAGUCUUUAGGCACAGGAUCCAGCAGCCCUUUAAUGUUUGCACCCUCCAGCCCUCAGCUGUCCCCGUAUCUCAGUCAUCAUGGAGGUCACCACUCCACUCACCAGGUGUCGUACUACUUGGACACCUCCUCUAGCACAUUUUACAGGUCGAGUGUGGUAUCUUCUCAGCAGACAGGUGUUGGCCUGUGUGAGGAUCUCUGCAGUGCUACAGACAGACAGGAGCUAUACAACGACUCAAGAGCAACAGGAGGGUUUGAUGGAGCAAAAGAGACACGGUUCUGUGCGGUGUGCAGUGACUACGCAUCUGGCUAUCAUUAUGGAGUCUGGUCCUGUGAGGGCUGCAAAGCUUUUUUCAAGAGAAGCAUUCAAGGUCACAAUGACUAUGUCUGUCCAGCGACCAACCAGUGCACUAUUGACAGAAAUCGCAGGAAGAGCUGCCAAGCAUGCAGACUACGCAAGUGCUAUGAAGUAGGGAUGAUGAAAGGAGGUAUUCGUAAGGACCGUGGUGGCCGAGCUGUCAGGGGAGUAAGGAGGAGGAGUGGUAGUGAGGAUCAUGACAAAAGCUACAAUGAUCAGCCGGGUCGUGCAAAGGCAGCUCCUCCACAGAACAAGAGGAAGAGAAGCAGUGGUGGGGUGGUCAGUGCUUUAUGCAUGGCACCGGAGCAGGUGCUGGUGUUACUCAUGGGGGCAGAGCCACCCGCCGUCAGUUCAAGACAGAAAUAUAGUCGUCCAUACACAGAGAUCACCAUGAUGUCCCUUCUCACCAAUAUGGCCGAUAAAGAACUUGUCCACAUGAUAGCUUGGGCUAAGAAAGUACCAGGGUUUCAGGACCUCUCUCUGCAUGAUCAGGUUCAGCUGUUGGAGAGCUCCUGGCUGGAGGUGUUAAUGAUUGGACUUAUAUGGAGGUCUAUUCAUUCGCCUGGAAAACUCAUCUUUGCUCAGGAUCUCAUCCUUGAUAGGAGCGAAGGAGAAUGUGUUGAGGGGAUGGCUGAGAUUUUCGACAUGCUCUUGGCAACUGUGGCUCGAUUCCGCAGCCUCAAACUUAAGUCAGAGGAAUUUGUGUGUCUCAAAGCCAUCAUACUUCUUAAUUCUGGUGCGUUUUCAUUCUGCUCCAAUCCUGUGCAACCACUGACUGACAGCUUCAUGGUGCAGUGCAUGCUGGAUAACAUCACUGAUGCCCUUAUUUACUGCAUCAGUAAAUCAGGUGCAUCACUACAGCUGCAGUCACGCAGACAGGCGCAGCUCCUGCUACUGCUCUCCCACAUCAGACACAUGAGCAACAAAGGGAUGGAGCACCUAUACAGAAUGAAAUGCAAGAAUCGAGUACCUCUGUAUGACCUGCUGCUGGAGAUGCUGGAUGCUCAACGGUUUCAAACUUCAGGGAAGGUGCAGCGACCCUGGGUAGCAAAUGAGAAAGAUCCACCCUCUACACCCACAAACAGCAGCGCCAGUCCAUCCAGAGGCUCGGGAGUCAUGCAGCCCAAUCUUGCCCGAGUAUGCCAAAGUCCAGACUCCUGAGUUAGUUUCUGUAAAUUAUAGCUAGUAUUUAACAGCUGAACUAAGGAGGACUGUGAUUGAUUGCAAUGUAGCUGUCCACUAAUUAAACUGGGGCUGAUAUGGUCCCUGUUUGUGCCUUAAAAAGAUUACACCUUAGAUUCAGGUAGAUCUAAGCCCAACUUCACAUCAGAAAAUAAUAUGUUUACAGCCUGAUACAAAAGUGUUUUUGGUCUAUAUAGCUAAUUUGGUCGCAUAACCCUACUGAAAAAUCUUUUAAGGUGGCGUAGCUGGUUUAAGCUGGUCCUCCCAGCCUCGCAAAGCUGGUGAGUCAGCUGGUCUUCCAGCCUGACCAGCUUGAAAAGUGACCAAAACACAUAGACCAGCUUGCUACACCAGCAAUACCAACUAAAAACAAGCUGGGAGACCAGCUAAAAACAGCUCACCAACUUAUGAUAGUCUUAGCUGGAUUUUUCAAUAGGGGAGUAUGAAGUGCCACUGCUGUAACUACAGUCGGGCUAGGCGGGUGUGGUUUCAGCAACCAGCCACCUCAGCUUUACCCAUUUUCUUUAUUUUUAUUCAGAAAUGUCAUAUAUGAAAUACAAGUUAGCAUAAGCUUUACCCAUUUUCGGUUGUCCGCAAGUGAUUCGCAGUAAAGCGCGGCCAAGAUACAUGCGUGCGUCACGGUCAUACGUCCAUUUUUUACAGUUGGUUAACACAAGCCCAAGAUAUUUUCACGCUUUAUUCUACGACGUAAAACACACCAAUAAUAUCCCCACUUGUGGUUUUUAAAUCUUUUAAAGGGCGUUGCUAGGAAGAUGCGGGACGUUGUUGGGGAUUCUAAACGUCAUCACGCAUAAAGAUCUAAAAAACAACGCAAUAUGGGCACAAUUCCAAACAAACAUUCACCCUCAGAGCAUUUCCUUAUAAGGAAACUUGUUUUUAAAUGCGUUUAAUAAAGAAAUGCGUUUAAUAAAGUUUAAAAGCUGUCGGAAGCGUGAGGUGAUGACGCUGUAGCUUUUCGGUUUUAGUAAAUUUUUAAAUUCAUAAAGUCGCGUUCAUCUGUGAAGAUUAUCUUGUGUUGGACAAAACCUGUAAGUGGCAUAAACUUUAUAAACAGAUUAUUAUUUUGCGAUAAUCUAAAAGUCUAUGGGAAAGGUGAAUGGGCUUUUGGCGAGUGUCCCGCUACUUCCGGGUUGACCUACUGGUAAUUUGGUGAAUUGCAUUAUAUUUAUUAACAAUUUCUGCAGAAAGAAAUAUAAUAAUUGAUAACACUCUUAAGUCCUUACAAAUGAUUAUUCAAUCAAUUUAUUUUAAAAAAAGUUUUAUAUCACAGUCUAUUCUGAUUUGUUCUGACAUAUGCGUUAUAGCAAACGAAAGAACCUAAAGGAACAGAAAAAUUUACAAUUUACUAAUAUACAUAAUUUACCUUCAUGUCAUCCCCGAAGUAUAUACACACCUUUCUGCAGUUGAAGAAAUCGGACGGACAUGCUACUAUAUUACACUACAGUAAUAACACUAGCUGUGUGUAACUACAAGCAGCUCCACAUAAUAAUUACAUCUAGUUCAUUAGUUUUGCUUUCUAAACACACAAGUAACAUGAGACCUGUAUUGUAACCGAACAUAAAAUGAAACCAGCACAUGAGCGCCGCCUGCAGGGCAGCCUGAAAACAACUUAAUAUGUAAAAAAGUAUUUUCAUAAGUUGCAUAUCAGUGAUUGAUUAUUACAUAUUAUUGCUAUAUUUUUAUUAAAUUUUACUUUGAUAAAACUUAACUUGACUAAUAAAAUGAAAACACAUUAUCUCCGUGAUCAGUCCUAUACAUUUUGUGAAAUUAACAAUGUUUACUUAUGGUUUGGUGAGUUUUGCCCAAAUCGUAUUUACAAAUGAUGUGUCUGCUGUAACAGUGGUGUCAUUGCUUUGAUUGUAUGACCAGGCCUAUGAAAGCCAACAUUAAAUAAGUCUUUUGUGGUAUAAUCAUUGAUAUGUUAGACACUUAAUAUAACAGAAACUACCUGCCUACUUUCUGUUAAUUUUGGUUGUCAUUGUUGUGUGCUGUAUAAAAUUAUUAUGUGAUUCUGAUGAUGUGAUGUUUGUCAAAUUUAUCCUGUCAUGCAUGUAUUUGUUUGCCGGUUAUUAACCAUGCACUUGUCAAAUACAUUUCAGCUUUAAUUUCCCAUGCUGUGAAAUAUUAUUUGUAAAGUUUUGAAUUUAAUUUUGAAUUACCUUAAUGUGAAAAUGUAAAUGAGUCUCCAUUAAAUGCAUAAAUAUAUAGUGUUGAUAAAUAAAAAUACUUCUAAAAUAAUAGUUAUAGCUCUGUAUGAACAGACCAUGCAGAAUUAUAUCUAUUAAAUGAAAAGAUGUAUUUUUAUUGUCAGCAUUAGCAAACUGUACAUACAUAAAUAGGCAUAGACAUUGUAAUCAUAAUUAAUGUUUUUGUCACAUCAUACCACACAAAUUAAAAUAUCGUAUGUAGAUAUAAAUCAGUAAAAAGCACACAUUUCUCAUACCUGUCAGUGAUUGUUUUGCAUUUGUGGAAAAGAAACUUGUAAAAUCCAUGCCACAAAAUAAAAAAAGUUGAAUUGCCAUGCAAAUAAAGUAUUUAAAUAAUACUGAAAAUAA